AUGUCCGAAGGUUCAAUUGAUGCUGAAGUUCAGAAUAUCCAAGAUCAGCUGGUCAAAGCUCAUCGUAUCUUCUAUGACUUGGCUUUCGGGAUGACCAAUUUGACUGCUGGAUUGGACAAGAGUUUGAGCGCGUUUACACAGGAGAUUGAAUCAGUUGGGAAAGAUGUUGUGAAAGUCCGAAGCGAUGUCUUUCAAGUUACUGACAGUGUAAGUAAACUUUCUUUACACCUUAUAAUAGUUUACAAAUUAAUUUUUGGCAAUUUUUGAGGGUUGCAACAGAAUGCCAAGACUUGUUUUUGGCGGGAAAUUUGAAAUUUAAAUUUUUCAAUCUGUAAAAUCAAAGACUUCAAAACUUGUGGCUACAUUAAAAUACAAUUUAUUUUUUUACGAAGCUAAUAUUUAAACUUAUUUUAAAAAAUUCAUACAAAUUUAUUCAGAAAUUAUUCAAUUUUUUUCAGUUUCCCAACCGAACCUCUUACAUGGCUAUUCUUCUCGUCGUCGAUCUCAUCAUCUGGGUAUUGGCCGGGUUCCUUCUCUACAAAAUCAUCCAAAACUGUCGAUUUGGACCGAAAAAUUCGCAAAAAAUGGUGGCAAAAUACGAUGAGCUGAUGUCAAAGACCGCCAGAGACGACAUAGUGCCAGUUUACACCACUCCGAAAGACUAUUAUGCGAUUACGGUGGAUUCGGAAGAUGACGAAGACUACGAGGAGCCGAAAGAACGAAGAUGGAACAUCCUGAUGCCAAGGGAAUUCUGGAAAAAAGCUGGACCAAUCGACGAUGUUUAA